AUGAGUAUUCCCAGUGUUGAUGCACAGUCAUUUGUCUAUCCUCAAGUCCGAGGGGUUUUGAAAACGAACAAAACCCAGAAAGAUGGCCAAUUCAAUGUUUGCUGGAGCGCCAGAUUCUGGCCAUAUGAUGAGGCAGACGAUGCGCCGAUUUUUUGUCUCUCCAACAAGUCAGAUAUGACUGUAUGUCGGAUCUCGCAAUCAAGCGAAGGCUCCAAUAUCGAGGUCCUUCGACAAUUCGAGGCCACAGGCCCUGACCAGGAAGUCGCAGACUAUGAUCCAAACGGUGAUGAUCAGUACUGCUCAUGCGCCUGGGCCUACAUCUCAAAGGACGAGCCGCUGCUACUUGGAGCCGGCAAUUCUGGUUUUAUCAGAGUUUUCGACAUUGUCAAAGGCAGUCUGAAGACGACGCUGGUUGGGCAUGGGAACGGUGUCAUCAAUGAGCUCGCCACUCAUCCCAAAUAUCCUUGGAUCUUCGCAAGCGCCUCUCUCGAUAAGAGCAUACGGAUUUGGGACUUGCGACGAUGGAACUCCAAGCAUGAGUCGCCGACAAUCAUAAUCUGUGGUGCUGGCAACGGCCAUAAGGAAAGUGUCCUUAGCGUCGGCUGGCACGAUUCAGGGCGCUAUCUCAUCUCCGGUGGCUUCGACAACCGUGUCUGCGUAUGGACCAUUCCCGACUUGUCACCCGAGUCAGCGUUCUGGGAAGAGAUAUCGCCCGCGCGAACACAACGCCAUUCGGACCAAGUACGAAUCAUCCAUUUUCCACACUUCGUUACUCUGGCUAUCCACCGCAACUACAUCGACUGCGUAAGAUUCUGGGGCGACAACAUCCUCUCCAAGGCGACGGAAGAGCAUAAGAUUGUCCUCUGGAGAAUGACUGGCUUCAACUCCCGCCUGGAACCCCCCGACGACGUCCUAGCACCGAAAGCGGAGGAACACCUUGACACCCGCAACGGUUUCAUUAGACAGCUCAAAUCCGGAGGAAACGGUGUCACCAAAAUCAUCACCGAUCCAUUCUACCGCACCAGUCUCCCCUACCAGCGCCUCCUAGAGUUCCAGGCGCCGCACACCCUCCCUUUCUUCAUCCGCUUCGACAUCCUCAAACGCUCACCCACCUACCCCGACGUCCACGACGUCCUCGCCAUCGGCAACACAAAGUCCACCGUCCAAUUCUGGGACCUCGAGGCCCUAGAACGCGGUCACGACUACAACGUGGGCGGCGGCGGGCGCGGCGGCCGCCGACCCCGCGGCCAAAGCUCCCGUAGGGGCGUGGCCCAGUCCAUUCACAAGGUCGGCAGCCGUCGCGCCCAACUCUCUCUCGAACGCAGCGAAUCCGCCUCAGCCUCUUUAGCCAGCGUCGGCGCAGACACAGGCACCGGCACCGGCACCGGCGCCAGCACGCCCGCGUCCCUCUCCCCUUCGCGCUCCUCUCCGCCCCUGCGCUCCAACUCCACCGACGCCACCUCCAUGAUAUCCGACACCUUCCACCACCAGCAGCAGCAGCAGCUUGGGCUCGGCCUCCUCGCCCACCCCAACCUAAGCCUAGGCCUAGGCCUAGGUCUCGACAACACAACUACCGACAACGCGCCGCCCACCCUCGAGCCCGCCGAGGACCGCGUCCGCUUCCCACUGAACCACCACAACACGCCCCUUAAGAAGGCGCACCGCGCGGUCGGGUUCGGCAAGGAGUUCGAAAAGGACUUUACGGCUCGGGGCGUGGCGUGGAGUAACUGUGGGCGAUGGUGUGUGGUGGCCGGGGAGACGAUCGAGAUGCUGCAUGUGGAGAAGGGGAAGGAGCGCAAGUUGGUGCAGAUCGGGGCUGCGGUGCUGUUGGGGCGGGACUUGCCGUACGUGAAUUGA